AUGAGCUCCCUGAAGGGCGACUUGAACAACAACCUUGCUGACAUGAUGUCAGACGAGCAAGACGAGCAAGACAAUCACGACCACCCACCUCCGUAUAUCCCUCCCCCACAGGGCAGCAGUGCCCAUCCGGUCGAUGGCAAGCAACAACCUCCCCUCACGUUUGCGUGUAUCCUCCUUUCCCGCCAAGACCGAGUGCGCGUCCUUGGGUUUCCGGCCGAAUACAUUCCCCCCGUUCGUGAGGCGAUUAACAAUGCCUGGCCAAAGGGUAUCCAGAAGGAGGCGCCGUUUGAGAGUGGCUUUGAAUGGAAGCUCUCUGGCCGGCCAUCCACGAGGGGUCGGCCUGCAAGAACAGUCGGUCCCAGCACGCCGCCUGGUUCUCCACCUGAUCCGUCUCAUGUACACCAAGGGCUGGCAUCUCGUCGCCUCGUGCGACCUGACCAAGAAGACGCUUCAACCACUGGGACAAGGCGCGCCUCAUCGACUCUCCGAACGAUCUGGUCCGCGAGGCGUUCCACCACGCCAUGCACCAUUGGCACCAGGGCAUCCAAGAAGAAACCGACAAGGAACUCGGGUGUUACCAGCUCAAGCUCAAGGGUAGAGUUGAGGAAGGCUCAACACAUUGCCGUGGCUGACGUUUCAGGUUCCCCGUGGAUAAGCAGCUCUGACGCUGACAUUGCCAACUCGCGCCUGCUCGUGUGCCAGCUGCUUGGAGCGGCAGACGCACUGGGGUAUGAGCUUGUGGGCAGCGUCAACCUCGGCAAGCCUGCUGACAAGGACUAUGGCAUGCUGGACAGCCUGUUCUUUGCGUCCAAGCUGGUCUGA